AAGCCCCCUACCCUGGCUCCAAAUACCCAGAGACCACCUUUGAGCUUUGUUUUAGCCUCUCAGGCUGGUAUCCACUUACUCUUCUGACCCUUUAAUCCUGCAGCUCCAACAGGUGGAGAGAAUCUUAGAUUCAAAAUGUGAACUCAGUCAAGUCCUGCAGAAUGGCAAAGAAACCUAAGGACCGAACCCAAGCACCUGAGGAUAGUCAACACUAACAGUCAGUGUACGCUGCCGUGUGUAUAUACAGGCCUUGGGUGGCAUGAGUACUGAUGAGCACAGUACUGACUUCGUUUUCAUAUGGAUUGUGAGGUCCGCACCCUAUUUGUCAGUGGCCUUCCUGUGGACAUUAAACCCAGAGAACUCUACCUGCUCUUCAGGCCAUUCAAGGGCUAUGAAGGGUCCCUGAUCAAACUCACGUCGAGACAGCCUGUUGGUUUUGUGAUCUUUGACAGCCGAGCAGGAGCAGAAGCAGCCAAGAAUGCACUGAAUGGUAUUCGCUUUGAUCCUGAGAACCCGCAGACCCUGAGGCUAGAGUUUGCCAAAGCCAACACCAAAAUGGCCAAGAACAAGCUAAUGGCUACACCAAAUCCCACCAAUGCUCACCCUGCCCUAGGAGCACACUUCAUUGCACGGGACCCCUAUGACCUUAUGGGGGCUGCUCUGAUCCCCGCAUCCCCAGAGGCCUGGGCCCCCUACCCUCUGUACACCACAGAGCUGACCCCAGCCAUCUCACAUGCUGCAUUCACCUACCCAGCUGCCAGUGCCGCUGCCGCUGCCGCCCUACAUGCUCAGGUGCGCUGGUACCCCUCCUCUGAUACCACCCAGCAAGGAUGGAAAUAUCGUCAGUUCUGUUAGUUCUUCAGUCUUGUCACCGCAGCUUGAAGCCCCUGCCCCGCUGGGGAGGAAGCUGCUCUGAGCUUCCACUGCCCCCAGGCGGCCUGUGGAGAGCUGCUGCUUCCCUCCAAAGACUGUGAAUUUUAAAGCCUGACUCAGUGGACUACUUCCUGUUUCCUUUCUCCUCUCCCUCAGCCCUGUCCUUCCCCAAAGCCCUCACCAAGGCCUCCCAGGAGGAUUCAGGGGCCUUCUUCUGGGACACCCAGUCCCAGCCCAGAGGGCUCACUGGGACUGAGCAAGGCCUGACCCCCCACCGGUCCAGACUUGCUUCCACAGCUCCACCUCAGAGAAACAAGGCGUUUAAUUUUGCAUGUUUUCUGGCAUGAAUUAAGACACUUAAAUUUGUGCAUAUGUGAGUGUACAGUUUGUUCUCACAUUGUGUCACCAUAGCAACAGGGCCUGGCCACCAGUGGUCCAUCAUUCCGGGUCCCUCUGUGCACGCCCUCCCCGGCAGCCCCUGUCUCACCGAGGACCGGGCCUGCGGGCCUGGCAGCCCCACUGCCCGCACGUGCUUCCCGGCUGAGCAGCCACCUCCCAACACAGGUAGCGUUUUCUUUUUCAUUUCAAAUCCGGGUCCUCCGUGCCCUCCUUCUCAGAGGGGCCAACAACUGCUAAGAAAGUCCUUUCUCUGCCCAUUUUGCUUACCUCUCCACGGUGCGCCCCACCCCUGCCCAUGCUCCUCAUUCUUUCCGUACGUCAAAACCAACCAAAAAAUGAAAGUAUUUUUGUACCCUGUGUAACAAAAUAUUUAUGCAUCAUAAAGAAUUUUUUGUGUGUGUGUGUGCAAUUAAUUAUUAAAGAGACCUUGUUCGCCUUGUCAGAUAAGUUUAAUGUUUAGUUUGAGGCAUGAAGAACAAAGGGCUUCCGUUCUCCAGCAUUGAGCCUUUUUGUCAGGCGUUCGUUUCAGAAAAAUGAAGGAAAAAGUUGUGCAAUUUUUUUGUUUCGUGAGCACAUCAGUGCUUUGCCUUUGGCCGCAGCUGUGGCUGUCUUGCCGUUUUCAGACUUGGGAGACGAGGUGGCGGUUGUAAUUCCUGAUCCUGUGAGAAUGUGAAGCUGGAUAAUAUAUGAAAUGCAAAAUAAAAAGUCAUCCAAAGUAA